AUGGCGCCCACCCACCUCAACUUCAUCACAGGCAACGCGAAGAAACUCGCCGAAGUCCGCGCCAUCCUCUCCGCCACGCCCGUGGAACUACGAAGUCAGAAUUUGGAUUUACCGGAGUUGCAGGGGACGAUUGAGGAGAUUAGUCGGGACAAGUGUGGGAGGGCUGCUGAUAUUGUGAAAGGACCCGUGCUGGUAGAGGAUACGUGCUUGUGCUUUGAUGCUUUUGAUGAGUUGCCUGGGCCUUAUGUCAAAUGGUUCCUCAAAGCCCUCGGCGUACAGCAGUUCCACAAGCUGCUGGCGGGUUUCGAGGAUAAGAGCGCGCAGGCCGUGUGCACGUUUGCUUAUUGUGAGGGGCCGGGGAAGGACGUGUUGAUCUUCCAGGGGCGGACGCAGGGCAAGAUUGUUGAGGCGAGAGGACCGACUGAUUUUGGAUGGGACGCGUGCUUCGAGUACGAAGGCCAGACGUACGCUGAGAUGCGCGGCGAGGAGAAGAACCAGAUCUCGCAUCGGGGCAAGGCGCUCGAGAAGCUGAAGGACUGGCUGAAGCAGGAAGCAGCAUGA